ACAGGACACAGCAGCGGAGCAGAGAGUGUAAGUAUGAUGUCACUCGAUGUCACUUUCACUUUCUUAAUCCUAAAGUAACGUCAACAGAAGAAACAGAGACAGUGUUUUUGAACACAACACAAUGAUGCGUCAAAUAGACGAUGUAAUGGGGCUCUGCUGUAAAAUAUCAGAGAGCAGGCAGAUUAAAGCAGCACUACAGCAUUCAGCCCAAGGAGCUGCUGCCGCGGGCGGAGGGGCUUUUUUAGGGGGGCUACUCGGAGGUCCACCCGGUAUAUUUAUUGGUGGUGCUCUGGGAGGUGCUAUGGGAUGGUGGAUGACUAAUGACAAAUUCCAGCCUCUCCCUCAGAUCAUAAUGGAGAUGUCUCCUCAACAGAAGAAGAAACUGUACUCUGAGGUCAUGGCAGUACUGGGCAAUCUGGAUUGGGUUGACCUGGCUCAACUCAUUUUUCUAGUAAUGGGUAAUUCCUCCCUGCAGAUGCGAGUGCUUACUACUUUAAUCUCUUUUGCCACAAACGAGCUUGGAGCCAAAGUGCAGUACGGGCAAAAAUAGUGGGGUAAUGUUGCCUGCUUAGUCUAAGCCAAGUUUGUCUACAGUACCUGAGUUCAGAGUUCAGAGAAUCUUUAUUGUCUAUCAGCAAUGAUAGAAAUUUUUCUUAGGUUAAAAGGCUCUCAUACAAUACAACAUAACAAUACAUACAUACAAUCCACAAUACACAGUUCAUUUUAAAACAAACAUUUUAGGAUUAAAAAAAACAACCCACACACAAUCACUUAACCUUGUUUAAAAUAGUUACUGCAUUGGGCACAAAAGAAUUCCUGUAAGCCUUCUUCCUAGCCAAAGGAGUUCAAAACCGGCAACCUGAUGGAAGUAGCUGAAAAGCAUCAUACAGAGGAUGUGUACAAUCUGUAAUAAUAGAAGCUGCUUUCCUCUUAACUGCCAUAUAAUAAAGAUUUGAAAGCUGAAGCUGCGAGACCCCAGUAAAUCUUGAUGCCUGCUUAAUAAUUCUUGAUAAUUUUUCCUUAUUUCCAGCUGAAAAUAUAGACUAUACCAAGAAACAAUAUUAAAUCCACAAGUGACCGAUACACUGUAGUCAUGAUAUCCUGUCUAACAUUAAAUCUUUUCAGCUGUCUCAGAAAAAAUAAACGCUGAUUAGCUUUCUUACAGACACCAUUCACAUGUUGUGCAAAGGACAGUUGGCUGUCAAUCACAGUGCCCAAAUACGUAAAGGAUUCAACCUGUUCCACUUCCUGCCCCCUAACCUAAGUGGUUCAUAAAGUGAAGAAUAAAUUUUGGGUGGACGAAUCCCCCCACAACACAA